AAGCGGUUUCCGACUUCUCAACUCUUACACUCUCCUUGAUUGAUGAGCGGCAUGAGCGGACUCAUAGGUCCAGGGAAACCGGUCAAUACGCCACGGCCAAUCACCCUUCAAACACUCACGUAAAUUCAUCGACACCGGAUCAGCACCCCCAUCAUAUCCAUAUGUCUAUUCCUGCGGGAAAGACCCUGUUCGAGAGAAAGAAUUCGCAAAAGGCCGCUCGGCGUCGCAAAGAACACACCCUAUAUGCUCUCAAGCUCGAGGCCUCCCGUCCACCUUCUCCUCCUCCACCCCCAACUCCGCCUGAAGUUCGACCUGUUGGGAACGAUGUCCCGCCUGCCAUCCCGGAAGAGGUGUUGGCUUUACCACUGUGGCCCUUAUGGACGGAUGAAAAGUUCUAUACCUACUCGCAUUGCUGCGCCAGAGGGUGGUUGCCACCAGGUCAGUCUGAAAUGCGUUUCGAAGUCGGACGCUUGAUGAGAAGGUUGUUAUCCGACGUUGAGAAAUUCGCAACCCCUCGAGUUCGGACCAACCUUUCAGAGUCACAAUUGAUGCCAUACAAAGAGCAGGCGCAUAGCCCGGAUCCAUUUCACUCGAUUGACAACCCCAGGCUCGAGUAUUAUAAUUGCGGUCGUCUCGACUGCAUUUUGGAGGCAACUCGCUCCAUGUGCUUCGAUGAUUAUGGAACGAAGAGCAUCAUAAUGAUCGCCAAGGCCGAAAUACCUACUAUCGAUCAGAUCGAGAUCGACUCGAAUACGGAAAUCGAGACGAAGACGGCUAGCACUCGCAAAAUCGACCCCUACCGAGCAUGGGACGUAGACAGACAGAUGAGGCGAAGAGCGAACGCUGCGGACCGGAACGGGGUCAUCAACAGGCAUCUAUAUCUGAUCGGAUGGAUAGGAUACUGUUUCAGGGCUUAUCAUUGGGAGCGACCACGAGAUCGACUGAAUAUUCCGGUUGGUGAUCGGGGAGACACAGAAUCCAGAGCUGGGGAUGAGGAUACGGAACCGGAUCCUGCGCCAGUCCGGAAGCCGGGAAAGAUGAGACCUUCUGAUCUUGAUAUCCAGUUCCCAUGCGACCCGACUUCGGGCCCGGACCCAGAUCUUUCCGAUGAUUCUGUUAACGACCAGCAUUCCGAGCCUAAUCCUGGCGAUCCUGAGAUACUGGACACAGGGUCGGAUCUGAAACCAGCCAUAGUCCCCGGCCCACAACCUUCCCUAUGGAGAGAUCUCCGCCUCCCGGAGAAUCAGAAGUUCUUACAACAAGUCAUCUUGGACGCGAUCAGGGCGUCUGACGAGGACCAAAACGAGGACGAGCAAACACACGAGUCGGACGGAAAAGAGGAAAAGAGUGACGGUGUGAAGAGGAAAAGGGAUUUCGGUCCUGCUUUCCCAGAGAUGUACGGAGAGGUUUGUGAGACGGUCACCGCUAGACCAGUCACAUGGCAGGCGACCGUAUCUACAGACUUGGACGCGGCUGAAGAGCUCGGGAUUUCAAAAACUCUUCGGGAAGAGUCUUCGGUCGACGAACAGCUUGACGAGAAGGAAGAACAGGACAUGGAGAAGACCGGGGAGGACCGGUCUGAGGCGACUCGGAUUGGCUCAUCGGACGACAUAAGAUCUAUACGCAAGACAGGCGGGAGAAAAUCCUCAGUACCACCGACCCGAAGAACUCGGCCUGGACGUUCGAUGCUGUGGAUCGAUUAGGGACAGGAUCAACUUACCAGCAGGAGAUGCGCCCACGGCGAUACUCUCAGGACAGGGUUGAUCACUCCGAGACUCGUGAUAGACUUCGAGAUUACGGACGGCGAUCGUCAUCGCGUAGCUGAAAACCGAGAUACGUGUACGGAGGGGAGCAUCGGUAGAG